UUUUUUUUUCUAUAUUUUUAAACUUUUACGUCUACUAAUCGACAAACUGAUCGCCAUUUCGUUUUUAAACUGGUUUUUAUCUUAUCAAGUUCUUUUCAAGUGGAAAGGUAAUGUCAAUGCUUGAUGAUAUUAUAGUAGUAUGGAGAACAAAAUCCUUUUUGACAUUGCUUCACUCAUAAAUAACACAACCCGGAAAAGAACAUUUUUCGACAGCUUAAUUAUUAUGAGUUUUCAAUUGGCAACAGAAAUAAUGGUAGCCAAGCAUUUUUUACAUACUUUUCAUUUGAUCGAAGUUUUCAAUUGUCGAGCAAAACGAUUCAACCGUUUGCUCAUUCUAUAGACUUGAUCCUAGUUUGCAAAAGAUUUCGUUCAAUUGGACGUAUUGCCUGAGCUACUUGCUCAAAUCAGGGUUUUUGUACGCAUGUACCUCAAGGAAAACUUUUCCCGCCCGCAUCCAAAUGUUAGAGUAAAAGUUGGAGGGAUUCCAACUCACCGUGGAACAACACUGCCUCAAAUUUAAAAUGGGUGGACAAUGUGUCGUCUGUAGCCAUGAUGCCGCAAAAUCUUGUAGCAAUUGUAAGCAAGUGUAUUAUUGCAAUCGGGAUCAUCAAGCCCAGCACUGGAACCUCCAUCGAAUUGAUUGCCAUCCUUUUCGAGUGAACUCUGACAAGGAUAGAGGAAGGUUUUUGGUGGCGACCAGAAAGAUUCCAAGUGGAUCCGUAUUAUUCCAAGACGAACCACUAGCUAUUGGACCGUUCAAAAACCACAACGUGACCUUGGUUUGCAUUUCCUGUUACCUCCCUUUAAACAAUUUGAACAACAGAUGCGCCAAGUGCAAUGUUCCAUUGUGCUCCAAAUCCUGUCAAAGGCAAGGAGAUCACCCGAUUGAAUGCGGUGUUUUGGAGCAAGUUCAAGAACUGAAAGACCCUGCCAAACAAUUCGAAGAUUGGAACCUCAUACUUCCAAUAAGAGUGUUACUGUUAAAGCAUACCGACUCCAAUAAGUAUAAAAACAUGACCAGCCUUAUCUCGAAUCGCCCUCAAAAGGAGACUUCUUCGGAUUGGUCAGAGUUAAAAAAAUCGAGCGAGCUCCUCCGCAACAAAUACAAAUUAGAAAUUGAUGAAAAUGAAAUCUUGGACGUUUUGUGCAUCCUCGAUUCCAAUUCGUACCAAGUGCUCUCGAAAUUGACUUUCGAGACCAUGAGCGGACUCUAUCCUAAGGCGGCCUUAUUGAAUCACGCGUGCAAAUCCAACACAAGGCCGGUGGUCACCUCCCAAUUCAAGAUGAAGGUCGUGACCACCGAGACCAUCGAGAAAGGAAUGGAAAUAAGCGCAUCCUAUGUUCCACCAUUGCACACAACCCUUCAAAGGCGAGCGAUCCUUCAGCGCGGAAAAUUCUUCGCUUGCACUUGCACAAGGUGUUCCGACCCCACGGAGUUUGGUUCCUACUCUUCGGCCAUCAAGUGCCACUCAAAGGGAUGUCAAGGUUAUUUGGUCUCGUCAAAUCCCUUGGGAAUCACGUCUGAGUGGAUCUGUUCGGAUUGCCAGGCAAGACUGGAUCCGAACACAGCCAUCCAAUUAGAUGAAAAAUUGAUCGAGGAGGUGCGGAAACUAGAGCUCCAAUCCAGCGGUGGAUUGGCAUCGUAUCAAAAGUUCUACGAUGCUUAUCGGCCUUACCUUCAUCCGAAUCAUUCAUUUCUUUGCCUAAUGGAGCAAAAGAUGUGCGAAAGAAUUGGUCGGGUUCAAGAAAUGAAUGCCACAAAUAUGAAAGUAGACGAUUGGAAACGGAAAAUAACGAUGGCCAAACACUUAUUGCAUACUUACAAUUUAAUCGAAGCACCCCUUUCUCAGUUAACAGGAUUGAUCUGUCUUGAACUUGGCGAGGCCUUGAUGGCGGUCCACAUGUUGAACGAAGCCAAACAAUUCCUGGAAAAGGCGAUAGAGGUAUUCAAACAUGAGGAUCCGACGAGUCCAGAUGGACAACUUCAACAAAAGGCCAACACUCUGAUGGAGGUUGUUUCGCGCUCCCAUCCGAAUUAAUUCAUCCCAUCCAAUGAAAUCAGCCAGUAUUGUUCAAUUUGAUUGAUUUAGACUUGGUUUUCAGCAGUACGUAGAAUCAGUAAACCCUAGAAG